CUCAAUCUCAAGAUUCUUCUUAAAUUAUGAUUUGAGCUACCCCUCCUAAUCAUAAUUCCCAUAAUUCUUGGAAUCUCUUUUCUUCCGGAGCAAGCUUCAUUACAUUCCUUAUUCAUAUAUUACAUUCUCUCAAUAAACUCUCUUCUCCACUUUAAAAAGGGGUCAAGGUCGAGACCCUCAUCUCAUCUCACACAAAGUAUCAUUUCACUCUCUCAACUGAAAAAUCUCAUGGCUGCUUCCAACAAUCACGGGUGAUAUUCUUCCAAAUCGAAACUUUGGGUUUCGUCCUGAGGCAGUACGAAUGUUCUACUCUAACAUGAAGCCUUGUCUCCAUGUUUCUCCCCCAUGCUUCACAAUGAUAGUGUACAAUUAUUUGAUCACCAUCAAUGUGGAACUUUUAUCACUUUUGCUUGGCAUACCCAUCACUGGAGCAGAAGUCAUGAAUGAGUUGGACUUUCACUCUGUUGAAUUCAAUGUGGGAGAUGCUCUGCGUUUGUAUACCCGUGACACAGGUCGUUACUACCCCUCGGAAUUCCAUUCUGGUAGACUUCCUGAUGACCUCAAAGUUUUGCAUUUCUACAUCACCCUAUGCUUUCUGCCUAGAUCCUUUGGGCUCAAUACUAUCUAUCCAUCAGACCUAUGGAUUCUUGCUAGUGCCAAGGAGAAUCGGAUUCUGCUGGCCUUAGGAUUAGAUCUCCGUUUUAAGGUGGCUCGUGUAGAUAUACUCAGUUCUCUUCAUGCUCAAUUCAUCCUGCGUAAGGUGGAUGCAUCGGUGGGUCGUCGUCGCCCGCUGAUCAAUGCUCCAGGGGGAGAAUCAGCUGCUGGAGUUCCCUCUGAUCAGGAUGGACUCCAUCUGUCUAAGCUGGGUGGGGAUGAAGCUGUGGAAGAACCAGAUAUGGCAGAUCCGGUUAGCAUAGUCGGAGAUAAUGGAAAGCGACCCAUGGUGGAUCCUUUGGAAACGGUUCAAGCCAUGUUCAGGCAUGAGGAAGCAAGCAGCAGCAAUAGAAAUCUGAUGAUGGAGGAUGAAGAGGCUAUAUCAGAUUAUGUGCCAUCACCUAGGUUUUCCUUUUAAAUGGAGCAUUAAGCUCAGGGGGAGUCGAGGUUAAGCUUAGAGGGAGUCAAGAAACUAAUCCUUGUGGGGAUUAAGUUGGUCGGAUUGAGUGUCUUAGGGGUUGCUGUACUAAUCUUGAAUAAUGCUCUGUUUGAGCUUGUGUCAUUUUAUUUUUGAUUAUGUGUCUGGAUCUUCUUGAGUUUCAACGUCAAAUAGUUUAAUAAAAUGGUGUAUGUUUU